AUGUCCCGCACCACAACCGCCCUCGUCGUGCCCGAGCUAAACGGUAAGUUCGAGCUGCGUGAAGUCCAGCUCGAUGACAUGCUCUGCCACACCGACCUGUCCUUCGCAACGGGCGUGCUACCCUGCGAGCCGAACGCCGUGCCUGGACAUGAAGGCGCGGGUGUGGUCCUCGCCGCCGGCUCCGCAGUCACCCACAUCAACACGGGCGACAAAGCCCUCCUCUCCUUCUCGCACUGCCAGACCUGCGCAGCAUGCACGUCCAGCCACCCGGCCUACCGCCACAGCUUCAACGCGCGCAACUUUGGCGGCCGCCGGCCCGACGGCACGCCCUCCAUGUUCGCAUCCACAGCCGCAGGCUGCUCCGGACAGCGGCAGGGCGUCUUCAGCGCCUUCUUCGGGCAGUCGUCCUUCGCGCGGCACACGCUGGCGCACCGGUCGACGCUGGUGAGGGUGCCGCCGGAUACGGACCUCGCGUUGUACGCGCCGCUGGGGUGCGGCAUGCAGACGGGUGCCGGGGCGGUGCUGAACUCGCUUGGGGUGAGGCCGGGGAGCUCGGUGGCCGUGUUUGGGGUGGGGUCCGUCGGGAUGGCGGCGGUGAUGGCGGCGGCGAAGAUUGCGGGGGCGGGGACGGUGGUUGCGGUGGAUCUGCAGCCGGCGAGGCUGGAGUUGGCUGUGAAGCUGGGGGCGACGCACGCGGUGUUGGGGUCGGAGGACGAUGUGGUGGGGAAGAUCAGGGAGAUUUGCCCGCCGCUUGGGGUGGACUACGCGGUGGACCGCACGGGCGUGCCGGCCGUGAUUCGGACCAUGAUAGAUUCCCUGGGGACGAGAGGGCGUGGAGCGACGGUUGGGGCACCGGGGUUUGGGAAGUGCGUGAGCGUGGAUGUUAUGGAGCAUCUCACGUACGGGAAGGAGUAUGUUGGGUGCGUGGAAGGGGAUAGUUUGCCAGAAAAGUUCAUCCCAUACCUGAUGGACGUCCACAUGAAGGGGAAGUUCCCCAUGGAGGAAUUCAUCCGGUACUACGACUUUGAGGACCACGAGAAGGCGAUUGCCGAUACCCAUUCCGGAAAAGUCAUCAAAGCCGUUCUAAGAUGGAAGUAACGGAUCUGAGCAGAUUCAAUGGAGAGAAACACGUGGGUGUUGCAAGUCUC